AUGCCGUCGUCGUCCUCUUCAUCGAACCCGUUAGUCCCUCGACCAUCCAGUCGUCAAACGCCGUCCACUCACUCCAUAUCAAUCACGACCCCACCAACGUCGUCAUUACAGCAGUCGGCUGGCAUCACUCUCGGUACUCCAUUACCGCAGCAGCAACAGCAACAAGCACAAACUCCUUUCAGUACAAAUAGGAUUCCAUCGACGUUAUCAGCGGCAUCGAGCGUUACACCGACAAGUUUGUCGUCUGGAUCAGUUCAGCAGCAAUCGCAGAGUAUGAACGCACCAAAAGCAUCUCCGUCCACGUCCACCCCGUCGACCAGUCUAUCGAAUGGUCCCCCUUGUUCGUCGGCGGCCGCGUCGUUGUUGAGUGGUAUCGAUAUGCUCACGAAUUCGGUGACCAACAUAUCACCCGAACGACAGCAACAACUCGCUGCUGCAGCUAUCGCAGCCGCUACAGCGAAUGCGAUAUCGAAUAAUUUUAUGAAUCAGUCCAGAAAUCAAUCACAACUCAACAACACAAAUGGAGGAGCGAACAAUCCCUUGCAGCAGUUCGCGUCGCAGGAUCUGUUGACGCAAUAUGCGUUAUUAGCCCAACAUCAGUUAUUACAACAACAGGUUGCAGCAGCUGCGCUGAGUGCACGAUAUAGUGGUAUUGUUAUUCCUGGUAAUUCAACGCCACCAAGUUCAACGUCGAAUAAUACCAACAGUAUUAACAAUAAUAAUAAUUCUAAUAAUAGUAAUAAUAAUGCUAGUAAUUCGGGUAAAUAA